AGCAUCGCUAUAAGCUAUCUGGUAACGGGAUGAAGUGCAAAUAGCAAAGAGAACUAAAGAUGCAGAUCUUCGUGAAAACCUUAACAGGGAAGACCAUAACCCUAGAGGUCGAAUCGAGUGACACCAUUGACAAUGUCAAGGCUAAGAUUCAGGAUAAGGAAGGGAUUCCACCGGACCAGCAACGUCUGAUAUUUGCUGGUAAGCAGCUUGAAGAUGGCCGUACGCUUGCAGAUUAUAAUAUCCAAAAAGAGUCCACUUUGCAUCUUGUGCUGAGGCUUCGAGGUGGGAUUAUUGAACCGUCUCUUAUGGCUUUGGCCCGGAAGUACAACCAGGAUAAGAUGAUCUGCCGCAAGUAAGUUCUCCUGAACAAAAAAAGACUUGAUUUCACGUGUUAUGUUUACUUUUGGAACGAUAUUGGCCUGAUUUCAUGAGAAUUGGAUAUAGGGGAUUCAUAUAGUCUGUUCCACUAGAUCCGAAAAAUAAUUUAUCUCAGAAAUGUCAAAGCUCUAAGAUGGCCGGUUCAAAAAUGUUUUUGUGGUGACAUACGAUUAUUUUCGUGUGAGCUCAAGCUUGUAGAUGGCAUUUCGUUUUCUUGUUAUCACUUGUAACACAUGGUGAUUGUCUUUCACCUCUAUCUUUCACCUCUAUGAUGUUAUGGUGAAGUUGCAUCUUGCACAAGAAAAUUAAUAUCUUUUCGCUGCUGCUUUUAUUCUAAUUUGCGUGCCCCAGAGCAUUGUACUUAGCUAAGAAAUUAAGAUAAUUUACAAAGUUAUGUGAUGUGGACCGAAGAAGAAACUAGAAAGUGAUGAUGCUUUGAGGGCAUGGCAGAGAUAGAAACCUGCCAAAUACUACCUUAUCAACCACCUACAGAUUCCUUAGUAUAGCUCUCUGAUGUCCUUGUUUGCUUUUUGAUCUACUUUUGUGUGUACUAUUUUGGUAGACAUGAUUGGAAGCUAUCCUGGCCGAGGUAGUGGCUUGAAUAUGGCAUGCAUGACAUCUUCUGCUUGUUCUGAGUGACUAUCGAACAUAUCAGUUUUUCUCAUUGUCAUCUCAUGAGGAAGUUGUAUGAUAAUUGCACGACUAAACAAACUUUUGGUGCUAAAAUGAAGUCUUUUCCUUUAAAUUAUUUUUGGGCUCUCUCACUGAUCCACACGCUAUGAUGUUGCAUUCUGCUGGGUUAAGUUGCGUGACUAACAAGUUGUCUAUUUAUUCUUUCUUUGAUACGCUCUAUGAUUUUGCCUUUUAUUGGGUUAAGUUGUGUGACUAACGAGUUGUGAUCUUUUUAUUCUUUCUUUGAUGCUCUUGGGUGUAUUUAUGUGUUUUCUUUUGCUGCAGA